AUGGUGAUGACUAUUGUCAUCGUUUUGUACUGUUUGUUUGCAAUCAGUCCAAAGGUGCAGUAUUUCGUAAAAAUGGCCGUGUACAUCUUCGAUGUCUUGUUGACGACGUUUUUAGUACAGUUUGUGGCUUUUCCUUGGCCCGGCGACGUUGACAAUUUCAAAUUUGUAAAGCUGAUAUUUAUGAAAUUGGUGUCUUGGAUUGAUAUUCGAUGGGAGUUGCGGGGCAAGGAGAAUUUGAACGUCGAGGGUCCUGCCGUGCUUGUAUGCAAUCAUCAGAGUUCACUUGAUCUUAUGGGAAUGAUGGUUGCUUGGCCACCUCGUUGUGUUCCGUUGGUCAAGAAAGAGCUCAUGUACGCGGGACCUUUCGGUAUAGCUGGUAAACUGUGUGGAUGCAUCUUUAUCGAUCGCUUUAAUAAGAAUAGCGCCAUUCAGAAGAUGAACGCAAUGGUUGAAGCAGUUGUGCAGAAUAACAUAAAGAUAUGGAUUUUUCCUGAAGGUACAAGAAAUCAUGGAAAGUCUAUGCUUCCGUUCAAAAAGGGAGCGUUUUACUUGGCCGUUGAAGCUAAGGCAAGUAUUCCGAUAAUUCCUGUGAUAUUUUCAUCGUACGACUAUUUUUACUCAAAAAAGGAACACAAGUUUUCACCCGGUUUUGUGCUGAUCGAUGUUUUGCCAGCGAUUUCAACUGAGAACCUCACUAACGACGACGUGGAUCUGCUAAGUCAGAAGACCAGGGCACAGAUGUUGGCUGUGUUCGAACGCAAUUCUUUGGAAGCGCGAGAGAAGUUCUUCAGCAGCUGCAAUGACAAGUCGCCGAAAAAGGAGUAA